AUGUUUUCUGUUCGCAGCAGCCAUGGCCAACUUUCUAAGGCAUUUCUCAUCAAUUCAUCUUCCUAUUUCCUCAAUCUCCUUCACUGCUCAACAACAACGACCUCUCCAUCCACCGAUCUUCAACCGCAUUUCAUGGUGGAUUACCUUAUCGAUUCCCUCGGAUUCACCAAACAAGAAGCCAUCUCCGCCUCCGCAAAGGUACGCCACUUAAAGUCCACCCAGAACUCCCAAUCCGUCAUCGAGUUCCUUAGAAACUAUAAUUUAUCCGAAACUGACAUUAAAUCCGUAGUUCUCUCUCAUCCCCAAAUUCUAUUACGGAAAGUUGAUAAAACCCUAGAACCCAAAUUUAAGAUUCUUUUUGAAAUCGGGUUUUCGGGACCGGAUCUGGUAGCUGUCAUUAAAAAGGAUCCGAAUCUUUUAGUUAGAGGUUUACAUACAUCUAUCAUACCGGCUAUCAAUCUUUUAAGGAGAAUUUUGGGCAGUAAAGAAAAAAUUGUUAAAGCUAUAAAACGUUCACAUUGGCCUUUCUAUGGGAAGUUCUUCAGAAGCAAUGUGUUAUUACUGGAAAAACACGGGGUUUCCAUCAAGGACAUCGAGAGGGUUAUAAUUAGGAACCCUAGAUUGGUUACUCAGAGCCCUGUGAGGGUAGAAGCGAAACUUCUUGAAGUGGAAAGGGAGUUUGGGAUUACCCCACGUUCAAAGAUGUUUUCUUAUGGGCUUUCUGCUGUUUGUUCCAUGAAUCAGUUGAAUUUGCAGAAGAAAUUUGAGGUGUUUAAGAGUUUCGGGUGGUGUGAUUCAGAUAUCUGUAUCAUUGCUAAGAGUCAACCGAUUUGUUUUACACAUUCUGAGGAGAGAUUAAGUAAAGGGUUGGAUUUCUUCAUGAAAGAACUUGGUUACACACCUUCAUGGUUGGCCACUCGUGGUAGUCUUUUGAUGUAUAGUUUGGAGAAAAGGGUGAAACCGAGAUUUUGUGAAGCAGAAGAAGAUCUUAUUUUUGAAUCUUACAGUUUCAGGUUAACUAAGGAAAAUUAUUUUAGAAAAGCUGCAACAAGCUUAUAA